AUGUCGAGCAUCACAAACGAUCUCGGCGAGGAGAUCCAGCCCGCCUACCGAGGCGGCAGCUUGCGAGUUGAACGAUCCCAGCGCCAUACGAGCGUCAGCGGCUCUACCGACGGGUCGCGUAAGCUCUCGGCUUUGCAGCUGUUGACAGGUGUCGGUGCAUCCGAUGCACGACGUUGCUCUAGCUCUGCCGUCCGAAAGGCUGAUGAUAUCGAUCUGAAUGCUAACCUUGCACCGUGCUUCUUGGUACUUUUCACAGGCAAUCUGAGCGAUUCUCAGCAGAAGGACCUUCGAGAGAUGUGGAGACGUCUCUUUGAGCUCUUCGAGAAGAAUAAGGAGACCUCGGAACACAUUAUGCAGAACGGCGGUCCAGGUAAGAUGGACAAGAAGAAGAACGCCUCUGCACCCAAGAACGAAAAAGAUGCCGGCAAGGAUAUCCCCAAGGACGACAAGGCCAAGGAGGAGGCCAAGAAGGCCGAAGAGAUGAAGGAGAUGAACGAGUUCAUCGACACGUACGGAGGCCCCAUCCUGCGAGACACGAUGUGGGAGUUCACAAAGAUGGAUCACCCAGACACCUCGGUCCUUCGUUUCCUUCGUGCCCGAAAGUGGGACAUCGACCGCGCCCUAGCCAUGAUGGCAGCCGCCUGCAAGUUCCGACUCGAAAAGGAUGUUGCCGGUAUCAUCUACAAGGGCGAGGACGGCCUCAAGGACGUCCCCGGUUUCAUGAACCAGUUCCGCCGUGGUAUCUCGUACAUCAAGGGUAACACGGACAAGAUGGAGAACCCCAUCUACUUUAUCCACGUCGCCCGCCACUUCACUAGCGCGCAGAAGCACGAGGUUCUUCAGGACUUCGUCUUGUUGGCCAUGGAAAACGCGCGUCAGCUCACCACUGCGCCCUACGAGAAGGCCGUCGUCAUUUUCGACAUGGCCGGCUUCGGUCUCAAGAACAUGGACUGGCAGUGCGUCCUCUUCCUCGUCAAAUGUCUCGAGGCCUACUACCCCGAGUCGCUUCAGCGUAUCUACGUCCACGGCGCCCCUUGGAUUUUCAAGGGCAUCUGGCAGGUCCUUCAGCCCAUGCUCGAUCCCGUCGUGCGUGACAAGAUCAAGUUCUCCAGCAAGGCCAAGGAUCUCGAAGAGCUCGUUCCCGCCUCCAAGGUCCGAAAGGGUAUGGGCGGUACCAUGGACUGGGACUGGGACUACAUCGAGCCUCAGGCCGGUGAGAACGACAUCAUGAAGGACUCCAAGUCCCGCUCCAAGAUCGAAAAGGAGAUGAAGAAGCUCACCGACGAGUUCGAAAAGGUCACUCAAGAAUGGUUCGAGACCACCUCGACCGACAAAGAGAACCCAGAUCUCAACUACCGCCGUGAGGUGCUCGGCAAGCAGAUUCGCCUCAAGAACUACCAGCUCCAGCCCUUUGUCCGGGCCAAGACCAUCUACCAGCGUGCCGGCAUCAUGACUCUGGACGGUACGGUCACUUGGGAGUACCCGCAGACCAACGGCAAGUCCAUCACCCAGGUCGUCAACGACCGUCACAACUACGGUGCCCUCAUCAAGUGGCUCAAAGAGCACGACGAGGACACGCUCGAGGACUCGUUCGGUCACAAGAAGCUGUUCGAGAUCUGCGAGGAUGGAACCAUCAAAGAGUCGUACGACGGCGUCGGCGGCGGAAAGGGCGGAAAGGCUGGCAAAGCUGGUAAGGAGAGCAAAGCCGGCAAGAAGACCAAGCAGAACGGCGCUGCCGCUCCCGAGCCCGAGCCCGAACCGGCCCAAGAGAAAUCUUCCAAGAAGGGCGCCAAGGGCGCCGCUGCUGGUGCAGGAGGCGUCGCCGCAGGCGCUGCUGGUGCAUUGGGCCUCAAGAAGUCCAAGAGCAAGAAGAAGGAACCCGAGCCUGAGCGCGAGUCGGAGGAAGCAUCCGACGACGAUGACUUUGAGGAACCCGAAUCCGAGCCCGAGCCCGUUCAGAAGCCCAAGCGCUCCGCUUCUACCAACAAGAACCUCGCCCGCAAGCCCAGCAAGAAGGCUCCCGAGCCCGAGACCGAGUCCGAGGAGGAUGAAGAGCAUGACGGCGACGAACAGGAGCAGCCUCAGACCUACACGGGUGCGGCUGUGGGUGCCGUUACGGGUGCCGCAGCCGCCGCUGGUGGUGCUGCCGCUGCUGGUUUCGCAUACCUGCGCGGAGGCAACAAGAACGGCAGUGGCGCCAACGGAAACGGCCGCGACGACGAUGAGGACGAUGAGGACGACGACGAUGAAGACCACGGAGUCGCUCGUCCCGGCCAACGCCAGCAGCCUCGCACCGUUGAUCACUACCCAGACGAAGAGGACGAGUUCGACGAGGACGGAAGCCCUGACGACGACCAGAUGUCGGCCUACUCGGACGAAUCCAUCACCCCCGAGACGGCUGUGCGCCCCGACUACAUGCAGCAGAAGAUCAGCGCUUCCGACUGCCGCAUCGACGACAACGACUGCCGCGAGGACCUUGCCGUCGUGCGCGAGGCCAUGGCGCUCUUCCUCAACUCGCGCAUGCGCGAGGCUGAAGAGCUCUGCAUGGAAGGUGCCGGCACGCGCCUCUAUAAGGCCGAGGGAAUGGCUCUGAUCAACUCGGUCAAGUCGAUCAUGACGUUCGAGCCCGCCGACUUUGAGACGGCCAUCAUGUGCUGCCAGCACUCGAUGAAGAUCUCCGGCUUCCUGCGCAAGAAGCAGGGUGCCAUCGGCAAGCUCCUCAGCGGCAAGAAGGGUGGCUACCGCUCCAUGAGCCUGGUGCAGCUCCACGCCGAGCUCGUCCACGCCGAAUCGCAGCUGCUCAAGUCGGUGCUCGGCAUCUUCUACUCGGGUGACAGCAUCGGUUUCGUCAAGCAGGCGCUCGGCUUGCGUUCCGCCUACUUCCAGGUGCGCGAGCUCUUCCGAUUCGUCGAGGCCGUCGAUGCUGAGGCCGAGGAGGCCGAGGUCUCUGGCAAGCGUUCCGACGUCAUCCACCUCGACCAGGACUUCCGUUCGGGUGUGUACCUUGGCAACGCCGUCUGCUCGCUCGUGCUCUCGAUGCUUCCCAAAAACACGCUCAAGAUCAUGGAGGGCUUCGGCUUCGUCGGCGACCGCAAGUUCUCGCUCGACCUCUUUGCUCGCGCCGGUGGGUGGAGCAAGAGCAAGCCUCUGCCCACCAUCUCGGCCGACGAGGAAGGUGUGCGACGACCGCUCUGCGACAUUGUCAUCCUCAUGUACCACCUCUGGGUCUCGAGCUACAUCCCCGUCACGGAGCUCGACUUUGAGUUUGCCGACAAGGUGCUCUCGUGGAACUUGGUGCGAUUCCCCAACGGUAUCUUCUACCUCUUCUGGUCGGCGCGUCUGUACGCUGCGCAGGCCCUGCCCGAAAAGGCGAUCGAGUACUACCGAAACGCUAUCGAGUCGCAGCGCGAGUUCAAGCAGUUGCACCACCUGUGCUUCUGGGACCUGUCGCUCACCUACCUGUGCACGUGCGACUUUGCGCGCGCGUACGAGUGCUACGAUGUGCUUUCGCGCGAGUCCAACUGGUCGAAGGCCAUCUACCAGUACGCCAAGGCGGUGAUGCUCUACGAGACGGGCAUGGACGACCGUGCCAAAAGCGCCACCAUCAUGCGCACCGUUGGCAAGCUCACCAAGAAGGUGGCCGGUCGACAGAUCCCCUUCGAGCGAUUCGUUGCGCUCAAGGCCAAGAAGUACAUUGCUCAGCAGAACCGACUGCCGCUGCCCGGUCUCGAGUUCUCGUACUUGUGGCACUGCAUUGGUCAGACGCCCGUCUUUUUGCUGGUCGAGAACACUCUGACGCGCAUUGACGAGUUCAUCGACGAGCUCGAGUCGUACCACAACCCCAAGUCGUACGGCACGGGCGAGAACGAGUACUGGUCGGCGUACUGCCUUGCCUUCUUCCUGCGCGGUGUUGCGCUUCGCUUCGUGGCGUACCCGGAGCCGCAGACGCUGGUGCGUUUGCCUGCCGAGGACACGGUGGGCCCGAUCGAGGAGAUCCAGGCCGAUGCGGUGCAGUCGUUCAACAAGGUGUUUGAGCACGGCUCGAAGCUAGACGAGGUUGACCGAUACCUUGUGUACUUUGCGCACUACGAGCUGGGACGUCUGCGUGGCUGCAUGGGUCAGGACGAGGCGGCCAAGCUCGAGUUCCGCAAGGUCCUCUCGGGCAAGCCUCUCGAGGCCAAGGGCAAGGGUCUGAUCGGUGGUGGAAGCAAGGCCAACUACCUGCUGAGCAACAUGUGUCAGGUUCGUGCGCACGCUGCCAUGGAGACGAUGCGCAUCCAGAAGUCGAGGUCGCGCACGUCGUUCUUCCACGGCACCGAGGGAUCGCUGGCUAGCCAGAGCAUCGCAUCCAAGUCGACGAGGUCCAACUCGUUGGCGAGCUCCAACAGCAGGAGCAUGAGCAUGACCUCGCGCGGUACCUCGAUGUCGAGCCGAUCGGGUCGUGGAAGCAUCAAGUCGAACACGUACGAUGCCGAGGAAGGCUACCGCGCCAACGGCAACGGCCGUGCUCGUGCGCCUUCGCAGACCACCGACUACUCGCGUCGUCGUUGA